AAUUGUUUUCGAUUUUUAAAAAUACGAAUCACACUAUUAACAGAGUAUGAAGUGGUGAGUUUUAUCAAUCAUUAAAAGAUACCACUGUUGAUUGUUGUUUUUGGCGCAAUUUCUAAAGUUUAUAUAUUUAAAGCUUGUGCGAAUACUUUUGUAUUAAAUUUAAUUGUUAUCAACAAAUAAACAUAAAUAUGUCCUCAGCAUAUGAAGAUAAUAUAGUCGAAGAUUUACUUAAUGGAAAUUUACAUGAAUUACCAAGCGAUGAAGAAAAUGAGCAGAAUGGCAUGGGUGGAGAAGAUCUUUUUGGCGAAGAAGGUGAAGCCGGUGGUAACUCGGGUGACGCGCAACCGGGUAUUAAAGUUGAGCCAAAAAAGCGAACAGUGCGAAAUCCAAGACCAAAAUUAUCUCUGGACACUUUGACGGGACCGCGGGGCAUACAUACGUUAGAAGAAUAUUUCAAAGAUAUUAGUUUCAAAGGAAAAGGACAUGAAAAACGUGACCUAGAUGAAGUGAUGCGCCGUAUGACACAUUGGGCACAUCGGAUGUAUCCAAAUUACAAAUUUGACGAUGUCUUAACAAACAUUGAACGUAUUGGCAAGAAGAAAUCUCUUCAAGUACAUAUGUCACGUUAUCGUCUGGGUAUGUUAGAAAACUUGAAAAACAUGGGUGACAAAGCACAUGACGAAGAGGAGGAUGUUGAUGCAGAUGCAGCAGCAGAUGAACCAUUUGACGAGUUCGAUGCAUUGUUGGGUGAACAAAUUGCCAUUUCUAAAAUUGCACCGCGUACGCCUGCACAUUACAGUAGUGGUGGUGCUGAUAGCAUGGACGCGACGUUUACAGGCGCUAGUAGCAGUACUUUACACACACCAUCAUUUAAUCGCGGUAAUGCAGUCAUGUCUACACCAUAUACCAAUAGCGCCCACCCAGGCCAUAAAUUAAAUGACAGCGACCUAGCGCGUCCACUACCGCCGUCUCAACCGGCAUCUCCUGCUCCCAAACUAACAGCAGAGCAAAUGGCACGUAUAGCAGAAAAUCGUCGUAUAGCAUUGGAGAGGUUAAAUGCGAAAAAAGAACGUUUAGCACAGCAGACGAACGCAACUGUAGAUCUAACAAAGACCAUACCGGAGGAGGCAUAACGUUUCGAAGUAAUUAUUGCGCCACACGUGAGAAUUUGUUAAAUCUAUAAAAUUAGUCAACACAUUUAACCUCCUGAGAUUCAAACUACUUAUGCAGCCACUUAACACUACUAAAUGUGCUUAUCAUUUUUUAUACCGUUGUUUGAGCGAUGGUCACGAGUGGAAGUGGGCGAAAUAUAGAGUUUGCGCAUGCGUGUGGUUCUACGAAAAUUGAGAGAAUACAAAGUUAACCCUAAUAUGACGCAGCCAACUAAAGACCACGUGCUCUCUUGACGUUGCCGCCGCGCCAAUUUGCGUUUUACAAUUUUUGUAAGUUUUUCUGUAAACUAUUUGUUUACAAAAUUUAUUAAAAGCUAUUAAAUAUCAUUACAAUUUCGCUCUAAGUUCUUCAUUGCAAUGCUCUUCUUCUAUAUUCUAUUAUAUUCUUUUUACUUGCUUAAAUUAGUUUCAAUAUUAAAUUUAUUUUGCUUGAUUUAAAAGUUUUAAGUGUAAAAUUUUG